AUGGACCCCGUCUCUUCUCAGCAAGAGUCAAAUCCGAGCUCCCCAAUCCCGACCUCAAAUCGAUCAUUUUUACAAACAUUCACCAUUCUUACUGCCCUAUGCGCAGCAGUAUUUCUAGCUGCUCUUGAUGUCACUAUCAUUACAACAGCCUUACCGUCAAUUGCCGCACACUUCCAGUCCAGCUCCGCCUACACAUGGAUCGGCAGCUCCUACAUCUUGGCUAAUACAGCCACCGUUCCUGUCUGGGGUAAAUUGUCAGAUAUCUGGGGCCGAAAGCCGUUGCUUCUAGUUGCGACGGUUAUUUUUUUCGGCGGAAGUUUGAUCUGCGCAGUCGGAGAUACUAUCGCACUAUUCCUAUUUGGUCGGGCCGUGCAAGGGCUAGGAGCGGCCGGACUGAUCACUCUCGUGAACAUUUGUGUCAGUGAUUUGUUUUCACUCAGAGAUCGCGGGCUGUACUUUGGCCUCCUUUCUGUGGUAUGGGCUCUCGCCAGUGGAGUAGGUCCAGUCCUCGGUGGAGUGUUCACUGAAAAAGCAAGCUGGCGCUGGUGCUUUUGGAUCAAUCUCCCAAUCACUGGACUGGUAUUCUUGUUCUUAUGGCUUACUCUCAAGCUUGAGACCCCUAAUACUCCAAUAUGGAGUGGUCUGAAGGCUGUCGAUUGGACAGGAUGUUUGUUCGUCAUCGGUAGUACCAUCAUGCUCCUCUUGGGUCUCGACUUUGGGGGUGUUACGCAUCCUUGGGACUCUGCUACAGUAAUAUGUCUCCUCGUCUUUGCAGGUGUAACUCUGGGUCUAUUCGUUAUCCACGAAUGGAAAUUGGUCAAGUACCCCGUCAUUCCUCUGGUCCUAUUUCAUCACCGUUCCGGUAUCGCUUCCUUCCUGGUCUGCUUUUGCCAUGGGUACAUCUUUAUGGGCGAAGCCUAUUAUCUCCCCCUAUACUUCCAAGCGGUUCUCGGCUCUAGCCCUAUUAUGUCCGGGGUUUACAUUCUUCCGUUCGUCUUGGCUAUCACCGUAUCUGCUGCGUUGACAGGACUGUUCAUCCAAAAGACAGGACUCUAUGUCCCAGCUAUGUGGUUGGGGCUAACUACUAUGACGUUGGGAGUUGGCUUGCUUAUCAACCUAGAGGUUACUGCCAACUGGGGGAAAAUCAUGGGGUUUCAGGUCAUUGCCGGCAUCGGCAUCGGUUUGAAUUUUGAGGGGCCGUUGUUGGCUGUCCAAGCAAUAGUGGGCGCGGAGAAUGCAGCCACUGCCACUGCCACCAUCGGAUUCGUGAGGACCCUGUCCACCGCGAUCUCGGUAGUCAUUGGAACAGUCGUGUUCCAAAAUCAGAUGGCAAGAAAAGGAGCCCAAUUGCUUUCAUCUCUGGGAGAGCAAUUAGCCAGUCAGGUCUCAGGAGGAGCAAUGGCAAAUAUCGAGAUCAUUGACACACUCCCUCCAGAUCAAAAGCUCGUGGCACGACGGGCCGUUUACGAAUCUUUACGAACGGUCUGGAUUAUGUAUGUAGCAUUUGCAGCUGUAGGUCUGGUAGCAGGGAUAUUCGUCGAGGGCCACCAUCUUGACACCGAGCAUAAGGCACCUGUGCUCGGUUUGCGAGAUAACGAUGGAAGUUAA